AAUCUGACUUAGCUUAAAAAUGAUAUGUUACAAUCGAAUCCUAAGAUAAGCUGAGAAGUAGAUGAUCUAGAGACGAUGCAGCACUGUGUUCCCAAACAUGCAGCUUUGUUGGAGUCACAAUAUAGAGCUUUGGAAGAGUUUAUACUAUCAGCCAGGAGAUUGUUGGUGUUAACUGGAGCUGGACUCUCCACUGAAUCAGGAAUACCAGACUACAGGAGCGAGGGAGUGGGACUGUACGAUCGAACUAAACACAGACCCAUUCAGCAUAUGGAGUUCAUGACAGACUCACAGGCUAGACGUAGGUACUGGGCUAGAAAUUACAUUGGAUUUCCUGUCUUCAUUUCCAAAGUUCCUAACACUGCACACAAAAUCCUCGCGGAAAUGGAAAAAUCUCAUCAGAUAGACUGGCUGGUGACACAGAACGUGGACAGACUGCACCAGAAAGCGGGAAGUAACAAGGUGACAGAGCUACAUGGUACAACAAACAUAGUGGCUUGUCAGACUUGUAACUACGUUACUGACAGGGAGUCAUUUCAGAGGUUCAUGCACACGUCUAACAAGGAGUUUACAGCAGAUAUCAUUAACGUUACCCCUGAUGCAGAUGCAGAGAUAGAUGUGGAACUGAUCAAGAAGUUUAAUACACCACUUUGUCCAGAUUGUGGGUCUGACCUUCUCAAACCACAGGUAGUGUUUUUUGGUUCAAACGUAGUGAAAGAGAAAGUGGCCCACUGCUACGACAAGUUGCACCGCUGUGAUAAGAUACUAGUGGCUGGGUCCUCGUUACAAGUCAUGUCAGGUUACAGGUUCCUGUUGGAAGCAAACAGAACGCAAAAACCUAUAGCAGUUUUGAACAUUGGGGAAACUAGAGGUGAUCAUCUGGCCAAUGUCAAGGUCACGGCACGAUGCGGAGAAUUCUUCGAGCGGUACAAGACGCUUAACUUGUAACAAAGUGUGAUGUUUUGUCACGUGGUGUGAGUUCAUGUCACAUGGUGUGAAGUAAUGUCAUGUGGUAUGACGUCAUGUCACGUCACGUGAUGUUAGAUCAUUAUAUGUAGUGAGACUUCAUAUAAAGAUGAAGACUUACGUUUGUGAGAUUCUAGUCAGAAGAAAGAAGUUGACACUGUCAAAAUUCGAAAGUGACCCUCUAUACGAUGACGAUUAUUUAGAAAGUUUUGUUUAGAUUAUGAUUGUUUCGAGUAUUUUUUGUUUAGAGGUUUUAUAAUUAUUUAUAUAUCGUACUUUGUUAUAAUAUUAAGAUGAUGCUAUCAGUGACCAACUUGAUGUGACCAUUAAUGUGUCAUAUUGCAUCAAUAAUUUAUG